AUUAUGAUCAUGGUUGCCUGGAAUUAACAAGAGAGCUUGAUGGUGAGCGAAUCGAUGUCAUGGCAUCGAUUCCCUAUAACCUAAGAAAGAGCACAAACAUGGAUGUAGAAGGCAUCUUAUUGGCAAAAUCAACGGCUGAUAUUGCGCCAUCUGUUCAUCUAACAAUGAAUAUCUCCAGAGAAAACGGGAAAGGGUUGGAUUUCGAGGUUUAUGUUUCUUCUGAUGAUAUUAGGGUUACUCACUUGUCCGCGAAUGAGCCUGCUCCCGAUUCCGAUUCUGAUUCUAUUAUUAGGGUUGGAUCUUAUGAAAUGAAAGAUGGGAGUGACCUGCAAUUGGGUUUGAAUGAGUUUGUCGAAAUGAGAGGGAUUGAGAAAAGAUAUGCUGAAUUUUUGUUCCAGUACAUAAUCAGGAGUUACGGACGGCGCCCUUUGCUUGUGCUGGAAAAACUCGAGAAUUAUUUCAACGAGUGAAGAUCGAUUUGCU